UGCCGUUCAACCCAACGCCAGUGGAACUCUUGGGGAGUGAGACACACAUUUCAAAGAGAACGACGGCCAGCAGACAGAAGACAGAAUGUGGCGGCUGGCUUUCCUGUGCGUGGUCUCAGCCCUUUCGGUUAGCUGGGCUCGACCUCGCCUCGCUCCCCUCUCCCAUGAGAUGGUAAAUUUCAUCAAUAAAGCAAACACUACUUGGAAGGCUGGACACAACUUCCGUGAUGUAGACUACAGCUAUGUGAAGAGGCUGUGUGGGACUUUGCUCAAAGGACCCAAACUCCCUGUCAUGGUACAGUAUGCUGAUGACGUCAAGCUCCCCACUAACUUUGAUGCUAGAGAGCAGUGGCCCAACUGCCCCACUCUUAAAGAGAUCAGAGACCAGGGUUCUUGCGGUUCAUGCUGGGCAUUUGGAGCUGCUGAAGCCAUAUCUGACAGAAUAUGCGUCCACAGCAAUGCCAAAGUGAGUGUGGAGAUCUCCGCUCAGGACCUGCUUAGCUGCUGUGACAGCUGUGGCAUGGGAUGUAACGGUGGAUACCCCUCUGCUGCUUGGAGUUUCUGGAACUCAGACGGUCUGGUCACCGGUGGACUCUAUAACUCUCAUGUUGGCUGCCGUCCAUACACCAUUGAACCCUGUGAGCAUCAUGUGAAUGGCAGUCGCCCUCCUUGCACCGGAGAGGGUGGAGACACUCCUAACUGUGAUAUGUCCUGUGAACCUGGCUACAGCCCCUCUUACAAGCAGGACAAACACUUUGGAAAGACAUCCUAUAGUGUCCCAUCUAAUCAGAAGGACAUUAUGAAAGAGCUCUUCAAGAACGGCCCAGUAGAGGCAGCGUUCACUGUCUAUGAGGACUUCCUGCUAUAUAAAUCUGGUGUAUAUCAGCACGUGAGUGGAUCUGCACUAGGUGGUCAUGCCAUUAAGAUCCUGGGCUGGGGAGAGGAGAAUAGCGUCCCCUACUGGCUUGCUGCUAACUCUUGGAACACUGACUGGGGUGAUAAUGGAUAUUUCAAGAUUCUCCGAGGUGAGGACCACUGUGGCAUUGAAUCUGAAAUUGUGGCUGGAAUCCCAAUGUAACCACCAAAAA